CAAAAAUCAAGACUAUACGUGAUCAAUAUCAUGCCUGGAUCUAAGAAGGAAGCAUCAGUGUCGCCCGAGCCUCAAGUGGCGGAGGAAGAGAAGAAGGAGGUCAAGUCGUUCGCCGAACUUGGUCUCAUGCCGGAGCUUUGCGAAGCCUGCGAGAAGCUCAAGUACACCAUACCCUCGCCAAUCCAAGCUGAAUCCCUUCCUCACUCACUCGAAGGCCGCGAUAUCAUCGGUCUCGCACAGACCGGUUCCGGAAAGACCGCCGCAUUCGCUCUUCCCAUUCUCCAAGCUCUCUGGGAGAAGCCGCAAGGGCUGUUCGCAUGUGUUCUUGCACCCACUCGUGAAUUGGCUUACCAAAUCGGUGAACAAUUCGAGGCUUUGGGAGGUGGGAUCGGUGUCCGUUGUGCAGUCGUCGUUGGUGGAAUGGACAUGAUGUCCCAAUCCGUCGCACUCUCCAAGAAACCCCACGUCAUCGUCGCAACCCCCGGUCGUCUCCAAGAUCACCUCGAAAAUACCAAAGGAUUCUCCCUCCGAUCCAUAAAAUAUCUCGUCCUCGACGAAGCCGACAGAUUGCUCGACAUGGACUUCGGACCCAUGAUUGACAAGAUUUUGAAGGUCAUCCCGAAGGAACGCAACACCUACCUCUACUCCGCAACAAUGACCUCAAAAGUCGAAAAGUUACAGCGUGCAUCUCUUUCAAACCCUGUCCGCGUCGCCGUUGACACGAAAUACUCCACCGCCGACAAGCUUACGCAAAACUACCUCUUCUUCCCCUUCAAGCACAAAGAUACGUACCUCGUCUACCUCGUUAACGAACUCGCCGGAAACUCAGUCAUCAUUUUCGCGAGAACAUGUAACGACACUCAACGUAUCGCCAUCCUCCUCCGUCAUCUCGGGUUCGCAGCCGUCCCGCUCCAUGGACAAAUGUCACAAACUUCGCGUCUCGGUGCCCUGAACAAAUUCAAGUCUGGGGCGAGGAAUAUCUUGGUGGCUACGGAUGUUGCGGCGCGUGGAUUGGAUAUCCCAGCAGUCGACUGUGUUAUGAACUUUGAUAUUCCGACGGACUCGAAAGCGUAUAUUCACCGUGUCGGACGUACAGCCCGUGCUGGACGUGCAGGAAAGUCCAUGUCCCUCGUCACUCAAUACGACCUCGAACUCUUCCUUCGUAUCGAGGCUGCACUCGGCUCCAAGAUGGAUGAGUACAAGGCUGACAAGGAGGCUGUCAUGAUUUUGUCUGAGCGUGUGGGAGAGGCACAGAGACAGGCAAUUAUCGACAUGAAGGAUUUGCAUGCGAAGAGAGGAAAGGGUGAGGGGAUUAACAGGGGCAAGGCUGGUCCGAAGGGUGGAAAGAGAAAGAGGGAUGAUAUGGAUCAGGAGGAGCGUUAGCGC